AUGGAACGGGAACGGGAACCUCUCAAACGGUAUACCGCUCAACCCUCCGCGCACGCUGGUCUACCAAGGCGAGAGGCUGCCCGUCCCGUUCCUAUCGGAGAGGUUCACGCAGCACGCCACGCGGCGCGCGUUGUGCGCUCGCACGGGCUCUCGGCACUCUCUGCGCACGUGCUUCAUUCUCCCUCAGCUGGGGACACCCACACUGGUGGGGCAGAUGGCGCAGCGGGAGGGGAGAAGGUGAAAAGAGAGGCAGUGGGAGAGAGGGAGUGGCGUGCUGCUGUAGCGGACUGCAUGCAGUGGGUGGAGGGUGAUGAGAAGGGGCUUUUCGGCUCGGCAGGCAGCGUCGCCAGUAGCUGCAGCAGCGGUGGCGUUGGUGGGAGUGGCGGCAGGGACGAGGGUGCCGAUGAGUCGUUGAUCGAGAGCGUGCGCAAGCUGCCACCUAAUCGGCCAGCCCCUUCCCUUGCACCAGCUCUAUUUCCACAACUCCACCUUCCCCUCCCUACUGCACAUCCCUCGCCUUCCUCUAACUGUGUCACCAGCUUCCCAGCGCUCCUGCCUCGCUAUGUGGCCCUGCGAUCGGCCAUCCAACCAUGGAGCGACCUGUUCUUUCGCCGGCACAGCCGCCGACCCACCGUGAGUGCUUUAACGUCUCGUGGUGCUCGCUCAUCGUAUCAUGAGUUGUUGCUUAUCGUUGGUCGGUCAUCUGAUGAGAUGUGGCUGGCCGUUCUCCUGUCGAAGCGGGAAGAGGUGCAGCAGGAAUGUGCAUGGCGUGUUGCAAGCAGCUACUCUCCUCAUUCCUGUGGAGUUCACAGUGCAGUGCAGGCUGUCAUGCUGCGCCUGCGCCCCCACGUGCUAGACCAAGGCCACCCUGACAAUGCCGCUCAGCUCGCUAAAGCCCGCGCAGCCUUCACCCUUGACAGCACCUUUGCUGCUCGACUGGAGCGACUAACUCCACAAGCCAGAUGGAGAGCGACCACCACAUCCCGUCUUUCCUCCUCUUCGUCUUCUGCCUCCUCCUCUUCCUCCUCAUCCUCUUUCUCUUCCUCGUCGUUCUCUGGCGCGCAGUAUCCCUCCAAUCCGCCGUCCUCCCCGCCUGUCUCCUUCUACUCCUACUCAUCCUCGGCAGCCUUCCCGGAUUCCCACACUUCCCAGUCCUCCCCGUUGUGGCUACACCCCCCUGCUCCUCCAGCUGCUGCUGGCGCCUCCCCUGCUCCUAGCCCUUCCUUUCUGCCGCCUCCUCCCUCACUUGUCUCGUCCAACGUGGCUGCUUCGUUCGAUGACGUGGACGAGUGGCUGCUUUCUGUGGGGGGAGAUGGCGGUUCAGAGGGGAAUGGGGGAACAGAGCUUCUGAACACGCAACAGUCGAUAUUUGAUGAGGGGAGUGAGGGGGAGUGGGGGAAGGAGGAGGUGGGGGAGGGGGAGGUGGGAGACGAGGAGGGGGGAAGCCCCUCGGCUGCUGAAGAAGUGGAAGCAAGUGGAAUAGAUGUGGGAUGUGAGGAUUUGGGUGGCUUGGGCUUUAAGCAGGGGGCUGGGGUUGAGUGGGGGUUGAGUAGGAUUAUGCGAGAGGUGGAGGAAGGGCAGGGAGGGGCACCGCAGCAAGGGGAGGAGGAUAUUGGUGACAGGUUAGUGCGCGCUCCGCCGUGCCCAUGUCUCACUGACCAGCGCGCAUGCGCGUCCGCCAUGUUCUCCGCGCAACCUUCCUCUCUCCGCGCGCACUUUCUCGGAACCUGGCCGUCGCAUCAGGCGCACCGCCAUCACCAGUUGCACACCAGUUUCCAGCCAACCUCUCCCCUCAAACUCACUCGCGCGCAAGCCGCCGAACAACCCACCAAUUCCAGCCUCGUUCCGCCCACUCAUGGCGGCAAUUCCGCUGCAAUUCCGCUUCCAGGCCGCGGCUCGGUGGCUAGCAGGGCGGCCGUGACAUCUCAGCCGAUGCCGGACUCCGGAGGAUUCUUCCGCGCGCCUUCGCCUGUACCCAUGCUGCAAAAAAUUUUUCAGGCUGCAAGUGCCGCUGCAAUUGCCGUGCCUCUUAAGUUUCCCCAACCCACUGCAGAAGCUCCUCCGAAAACAGUCACCAAGACUACCCCCACCGAAGCCGCCGCCGCCGGGGCCGCUACAGCUACCGCCGCUAAUGCGGCGUCUGCCGCCGUUUUGACAGGAGUGGGCGCGCGAUCGCCGGCGGUCGCGAAGAACAAGGCGCGAUCCGGCUGGCGCAGCGAUCUGCACAUCAGCCGCGCGCUGCCGCUGCCCAUGACCGCGCCGAACUCGCAGCCGUUACCGUUGGAGGCGGUGGAAGAGAUGGUUCGCUGCGACCCUGAGAUGCAGGACUGCAAGGAGGUGGUGUAUCAGUGGACGGGCAAGUGCACGCGGUGCAGCGGCACUGGGUACGUGUCGUUCCGGCGCAAGCGAGGCAAGGACUACACGGGCACGUGCAUCACCUGCUCUGGCAUCGGCUACGUGCAGCGAUUCACAGUGCGGGAUAGCAUUCGGGUUAUGGAGGAGCUGGAAGAGAACCCGUGGCGGUGA